AUGGUCAAGUCAUGUCGUGUUGUAUGUUCCGACAAACAUGAGCUAGCUUUGUGGUGUUUGGUGAUUCUCGUACUUCCUUUAUUUUUUGGAGGUAUUAGUUUAGGAUCUCUUUUUAUUUAUUCGUACGCAAAAGCUUAUCACAUACGCGAUCUUCAUACAAAUACAACAUGUUCUCUAUUGAACUAUACAUUUUUUGAACAUGAAUGCCAACGUUGUGAAGAAUCAUGUUAUUCUCAUACAUGUUUUGACGAAAAGUUCUUUGUAUCGUAUAGAAUAUCGAAUGAAACGAUCAUUUAUACGACUCUUGUAGUCUAUGAUGCAUCCUCACAACACAAACAAGUACAGAUGGGCUUUCGCUACCCAUGCUUCUACCAACGGAAUCAUGUAAGAUCAGUGAUAUGGGACCUGCCUGACGAGAAAGUGAAUCUAGUCACAUUGUGCAUCGCUUUCGGGAUCGCCGCAGUGCUUAUUCUGUUCGUUGUCGCCGUUUUGUGGUAUCGGAAAAUGAAAUCACAUGCAAAGGUAACUUAUGCGUUUCAAGAUGUACCGAGAUUCUUCGGAGAUGAUUCACUUGAAUGA